AUGCAACCUCAAAAAGUAGCUAUUGUACUGGAUGAACAAUCCGUAACAUAUGGUGAACUUCUUCACAGUGUGAAUCAACUUGCGUUUCGCCUAUCGACUGAAUUCAACGUUCAACCAGGUGAUAUUGUUUGCCAAUGUGUUGAACGAUCGAUAGAGAUGAUUGUUGGUCAACUAGGUAUUCUUGCGUGUGGAGCUACUUAUGUGGCUUUGUCACCGAAUGAUCCACCCUCGCAUCUUGCCAUUCUUAUUCAGCAGACUGGGUCUCGUCUUAUUCUUGUUCAACCAACGACACGUGAUAAAUUUGAAAGCAUUAUAACAACAUUACAUGUGACCUAUGAUAUACAAACGGACGAGCUACCGCCUCCUGUUGGAGUGAAACUCGAUAAUCUGGCUUAG